GCUAGGAGGGCGUCGGCCGGAAAGUGGGGGGCGGCAGGCAGAGAGGGGCUGGGACCCCCGUGCCUUCCCCCCGACCCUGUCAGGACGCCGAGGGAAGCCAGAAAUCUGCUGAUUCGGACUAACCUGACCCCUCAAUUCCCAUCUGGCCUCGGACGGGACAGAGGCGGCGUUCCGGGCGGGGAGCGGGCUUCCCCGAGAUUCAGAGACCCGAAGCUGGGUGUCUGGAUCUCCAUCUCCGUCGAGGGGUCCAGGGGGACGGGGCCGGCUCCCAAAGCGGGCCCCCGGUUCCCCCCGGCCCCGGUCACCCCCGUCUGUGUCUCCACCCCCGCCUCCCUCCAGGAGGAUGCAGCCGUGGCCGGGCUGGGGGCUGCGGGGCCUCUGGACGGCGGUGGGCGUCUGCACGACCGUUGGGUUCGUCCUCCAGAUCUGGGGGGGCCCCUUCCGCAGGAGGUCCUCGAGCCCCCAGGGGGGACCGCCGGGCCCGUGGGGGGCUCCUGGCCCUCGGUGCUCUCCGCGAGACCACCUGGUCUUCCUGAAGACCCACAAGACGGGCAGCAGCUCGGUGCUCAGCCUGCUCCACCGCUACGGCGACAGGCGCAACCUGACUUUCGCCCUGCCCGCCCGCUACCAGUUUGGCUACCCCCGGCCCUUCCAGGCCACCAGGGUCAAAGGUUACGACCCCGAGGCCCGGCCCCCCCAACGCUAUCACAUCCUGUGUCACCACAUGCGCUUCAACCUGCCGGAGGUGCUCCGCCUGAUGCCCGACGACAGCUUCUUCUUCUCCAUCGUCCGGGACCCGGCCUGGCUGGCGGCGUCGGCCUUCUCCUACUACCGCUCCGUCUCCUCGGCCUUCCGGGCGGCCCCGUCCCUGCAGGCCUUCCUGGCCGCCCCGCGCCGCUUCUACCGGCCGGGGGGCCGGGGAGACCACUACGCCCGCAACCUGCUCUGGUUCGACUUCGGCCUCCCCGUGCCCGGCCCCGAGGCCCCCGCUGACCCUCGGCGGCGGGCCGCGCGGCCUCCGCCGGACGACGACCCGGUCCCCCGGCCCCCCGCCGCCCCGGUGAGCGGCCGGCCCGGGCGGGACCCCGACCCGCCGCCGCCGCCGUCGGGGUCCCCCUCCUCCGUCCCGCCCCGCUUCGUCCGGCGGGCCCUGGAAUGGGUGGACGCGACCUUCGACCUGGUCCUGGUGGCCGAGCACUUCGACGAGUCGCUGGUCCUGCUGGCGGCCGCCCUGUGCUGGGAGCUGGAGGACGUGGCCGGCUUCGCCCACAACGCCCGGGCCACCGGAGGGGUCGGAGGGCGCGGGCUCAGGGCCCCGCACCCGCUGACGGCGGUCCGCGCCCGGGCCUGGAACGACCUGGACUGGGCCCUGUACGUCCACGCCAACCGCAGCCUGUGGGCCCGGGCCGAGCGGUUCGGGCUGGGCCGCCUGGCCGGCGCGGUGGCCGAGCUGCGGGCCCGGCGGGCGGCCCUGGCCGGGCGCUGCCUGGUGGACGGCGGGGCCAUGGAGCCCGGCCGCAUCGCCGACCGGGGGCUGCGGCCCUUCCAGUUCGGGACGGCCGGGAUCCUGGGCUACGCCGUGAGGAGCGGGCUGGCCCCCCGGGACCGCGAGGCCUGCCUCCAGCUGGCCAGGCCCGAGCUCCAGUACAAGGACUGGCUGGACGCCAAACAGUUCGGGCGGAGGACGGCCCAGGCCAGAGGCUAACUAUACUAACGAUAACGAGAACCGUGCUAUUUCGGAAGCGCUUACUACGAGCCAGGCUCUGUACUAAGCGCUGGGAUGGAUACGAGGUAAUCGGGCCCCGGCCCACA